GAAAUUUGGGUUAAAAAAUGGAUGGGAAAAUAUAGGAAAUACAGAUAGUCCUUAAAGUUUAGAUUUUUAUUGAGUUUUGAAGUUGGGUUCUAUGGUUGUAAUGAUUAUUUUGAUGCUUUAUUUGAACCGAAUGGAAAUGACACUCUGUUUGGUCACUGAGAAAGGGAUAGAAAAUGGAUGGGAAAAUACAGAAUAUUGCAAAACAUAGGAUGUUUUCUAGUUUUUCUAUUCGAUUAUUCUUUGAUUUUUUAAUGGUUAUGCAUUUGUGAACAGGUUUUUCGUAUGUGGAAGAACAUAGAUAAAUCAAGAAUCAAUGAAUUGAACUAUGAAAAGAUCAUAGGAUUGUUAUGUGUUGCUGUUACGAGCAUCUGUGCUGCUGUUACGAGCAUUUUUUGUUUAUAAUUUUGAAUUGGCUCAAGUUUUCUUAUACUUCUUUCUUAUGCUUAUUGAUUUGUAAUUUCAAUGAUUGUUUUCUGACCUUGUUUGAUUGAUUCUGGUGUGAAUCCCAACCAGCUUCAAUCUCAGGUUGCUUCUUGUACUAUCGCAUAUUGAUAGGGAAUUAUUGUCUAUAACAAGUUGCUUCUUCAGCUUCAGCUUCAGUCUCAUGUUUCUUCUUCAAUUUAAUGGUUAAGAAUAAGGAUGCAUAGGCUUUAACAGGUUGGUUUGUGCUGCCAUUAUGUGCCAAAAGAAAAAGGAUAACCCGGAUACCUGCUUGAAGUUUUGCUUUGUUUUGGAGAGUGAUUAUUGAUUCAAGAGAGAACCAUUACAUGAUAAGGUUUUUCUCGAAAGGGUUUGAUGAUAAAAGACUCCAGGCCAUAAUGGCCAUUGAUUUUUCAGGUUAAACCCAUCUGUAAUAGACACUGAAUCAUUUUAGAGGUGAAAAUAUUUUUAUAUAGUAUGCCAGGAAAAUCGACUGUCCCUUUCAGCUCAUCCUUGACAUGUAAUUGUACUCUUUAGUAUAGGUUGGAAAAAUGUUUGAAGUGGUUCAAGCAAAUAAGGACGAGAAGACCUGCACUAAAUGUGUUGAUCUAAAAUGCAACUCACCAAAAGAUUCAGGGUGUUUUGAGGCUUCAACUAUGACAUUCUCCAACGAAGAUCAAGUUUUGCUCGUGGUCAAGGAAACUCCAGUUGUCAAUGCUAGUAUCUAUGUAGCUAGUCCAGGUUCCGUAACCAAGGAUGCUAACUCUGGUUCAACUAUAAUUCAGGCCUCAACCAACACUCCGGAUCAAUUUCUGUUUCAUCCAAUGUCUUCAACUCUGGUGUACUACUAAUUAUGUAUUUGGAUAAUAUUAUUAAUUUCUAGUAUUUAAUUGUAGUUUGGAAGCUAAUUUAUA